AUGCCUCCCACAUCUACGCCAGCUGGAAAGAAGCAACAGUCGUUAACCGCAUUCUUCACGCCUAAGGCAGCUUCGAGUCCCAAGCCGCCGACCUCGAUCCAGUCCUCAAGUCCCAGCAGGCCACCUCGAGGGGCUGCUCCUGCGGGAAACCCAUUUGCCCGAAAGCGAUCCAUUGAUGAGUGCGCCGACAAAGAGAACCAUGACGUAAACCGGGACUCGAAAAAGGCAAAGACGACUGCUGUUGCUGAUGGUGCUGACGAUGCCCUUCCGACCUUGCAAACGCCUGCUUCUGCGCGUGCGCAACGUUACUCGUAUAACACAGUACCGACCAGUACUGAUCAGACGGAAGCCGACGAUGGUACCGAUGACGAGGCGACACGAAAGAAACAUGCAGAGCUCCACAAGAAGUUUGUCAAGAAGCUUGGCCAUCCCGAUGCCAUGAAUUGGAGAUCACGCAUCGCGCAAGACCAUGCAACCGAAGAAAACGAGGACGGCGACCCCGAAGCAGACGAAGACGAUGUCCCGGCACCAAGGUCGAAAAAGAAAGGCUCGAAAACAGGAAAACUCACGCCAAUGGAAACCCAAUUUCUCGACAUCAAGCGCAAGCACCUAGACACAAUCCUCAUCGUCGAGGUUGGCUACAAGUUCCGUUUCUUUGGCGAAGACGCGCGCAUCGCCGCCAAAGAACUGAGCAUUGUCUGCAUCCCCGGCAAAAUGCGCUAUGAUGAGCAUCCGUCUGAAGGCCACCUCGACCGCUUCGCCUCAGCCAGCAUCCCCGUGCACCGACUUCCGGUGCACGCUCGCCGCCUCGUCGCUGCCGGCCACAAAGUCGGCGUCGUCAGGCAGGUUGAAACGGCAGCGCUGAAGAAAGUCGGCGACAACCGAAACGCUCCGUUCACUCGCAAGCUUACCAACCUUUACACAAAGGGCACCUACAUUGACGAGAACGGCGAUUUGGAGCAAACCACCACAGGGGGCAACGCAUCCUCCUCCGGCGGUUAUCUCCUAUGCAUCACAGAAUCCAAAGCCAAAGGCUCGGGUACUGAUGAAAAAGUCGAUGUUGGCAUUCUCGCUGUGCAGCCCGCCACUGGUGACAUCAUAUAUGACACUUUUGAGGAUGGCUUCAUGCGCAGUGAGAUUGAGACGAGACUGCUGCACAUAUCGCCCUGCGAGUUCGUCAUUGUCGGCGACCUCACCAAGGCUACCGACAAGCUCGUCCAGCAUCUUGCUGGUAGCAGCACAAAUGUCUUUGGCGAUCGCAGUCGCGUCGAGCGUGUGCCCCGGACGCAAACUAUGGCGGCCGAAGCGUCCUCCCACGUAACUCGAUUCUACGCCGACAAGCUCAAGGAAGCCGCCGCUUCCCAGAACGAGCAAUCCACAUCGCUGCUAGACAAAGUCCUCCAGCUACCCGAGCCCGUCACCAUCUGCCUCUCCGCUAUGAUCACGCACCUGACUGAGUACGGCCUCGAGCAUAUCUUUGACUUGACCAAGUACUUUGAGAGCUUCACAGCGCGCGCGCACAUGCUUGUCACCGGCACCACGCUCGAGUCGCUCGAGGUGUACCGCAACGCGACCGACCACGCCGAGCGCGGCAGCCUCUUCUGGGCCGUCGACAAGACACAGACACGCUUUGGCCGGCGCCUACUGCGCAAGUGGCUGGGGCGGCCAUUGCUCGACCGCGCGCGUCUCGAGGCACGCCUCGCUGCCGUCGAGGAGCUGCAUGCCAAGCGCUCGACCGCGCCCGUCGACGACCUCGCGCGACUGCUGGCCACAACGCGCACCGACCUUGAGCGUAGCCUCGUUCGCAUCUAUUACGGCAAGUGCACACGGCCGGAGCUGCUCUCGGUGCUGCAGGCCCUGCGACAGGUCUCGAGCCACUACGUCCGCGUUAAGACUGCCGCUGACGUCGGCUUCGACGCGCCGCUCCUCACUGACGCCGUCCUCGCGCUGCCCCGCAUCCUUGACCUCGUCGUCGCCCACCUGGACAAGAUCAACCUCGAGGCCGCGCGCAAGGACGACAAGUACGGUUUCCUCCGCGAUGAGCACCACACCGACGACAUGCAGGACCACCAGAUGGGCAUCGCCCACGUCGAGCACCAGCUUGACCAGCACCGCGCUGCCGCCGCUGCCAGCCUCCGUCGCAAGACCCCGGUUGAAUAUGUCACCGUCGCCGGCAUUGAGUUCCUCAUCGAGGUCCCCAACGCCGAUAUCAAGCACGUGCCUGCCUCCUGGGCAAAGAUCUCAGGCACAAAGAAGGUCUCCCGCUUUCACACCCCCGAUGUCGUUCAGCUCAUCGCCGAGCGCGACCAGCACCGUGAGGCCCUUGCCGCCGCCUGCGACGCUGCCUUCCGCGAACUCCUCGCCUCCAUCGCCGCUGCCUACCAACCCCUGCGUGACGCCGUCUCCGCCCUCGCCACACUCGACUGCCUGCUCUCCCUCGCCCGUGUCGCCGCCCAGCCUGGCUACACACGCCCGCAUCUUCUUCCCGCCGAUGCCCCGCCCACCGUUGCCGUCACCGCCGGCCGCCAUCCCAUGGCUGAGCAGACCCUCGCCAGCGCCGGCACCGGCACCUACAUCCCCUUCUCCGCCACGCUCGCCGACCCCGCGCCCCGCGCUCUCCUGAUAACCGGGCCCAACAUGGGCGGCAAGUCGUCCUUUGUGCGCGCCCUCGCCCUCCUCGUCCUUCUCGCCCAAGUCGGCUCCUUCGUCCCCGCCGACGCCCUCUCCCUGACCCUCUGCGACGCCAUCCACACCCGCGCCGGCGCCCGUGACAACCUCUUCGCCGGGGAGUCCACAUUCAUGGUUGAGGUCUCCGAGACGGCCCGCAUCCUCCGUGCCGCCACCCCCCGCAGCCUCGUCAUCCUCGACGAGCUCGGCCGCGGAACCAGCACCCACGACGGCGCCGCCAUCGCCCACGCCGUCCUGCACCACGUCGUCGCCGAGACGCGCUGCCUCACCCUCUUCAUCACACACUACCAGAACCUGGCUCGCGUCGCAAACGGCCUCGACGCCCUGAAAAACGUGCACAUGAAGUUCACGGCGGACAAGGGCCCCGAUGGGGAGGAAGAGAUCACAUUUCUGUACGAAGUCGGCGAUGGUGUUGCUCAUCGGUCGUAUGGGCUCAACGUGGCUCGGCUGGCGCAUCUUCCCAAAAAGGUUAUUGACAUUGCAGCCGGGAGGUCAAGUGCCCUGGAGAGCGAAAUGCGUAUGCGACGGCUUAAAGGCAUCUGUAAAAUGCUGGGGGAUGUCACUGGCGAUAGCCCAGAUCAACUCGACAAUCUAAUUGCCAGCAUAGACCAACUAUAA